AGUGCUGACUGUUUGUUUUGUUUUUUUAAACGAGGAGAAGUGAUGUUUAGAAAACUGUACGGAAACGUAUUUAAAGUGGGACUCGCUUUGUUGGGACAUCUUGGACAGCCAGGCGUUGCUGCCGGGAGCAUGAACACAGUGUGCUAGAUUUAGUUGCGCUUCUUAAUUUAUUUCAAAAGAAUUGCGAUUUGGAAACAUCUCUCAUUUUUUGCGGUACCUAAUUCGCGGAAUAUUUCGUCAUUGUGUCACUGUAUUACAACCAUUAACACCCAAUGAAGCCCGCUGUUUGCCGUCUUGAUGUGACAGAGCACAUGACUGAGGGAGAGGAGUAAAAGUUUUCUGUCGGACCGAGAACACCUGACCCCCCUUCUGCCUCUGCGCUCCUCCCGCCGGCAUGACCCUCGACGCGGUGUCCGAAUCCGACAGCUCGUCGGCGGUCAGCUUCUGCUCCUGCUGCGGGGCCAAGAUGGUGCCCUACUUCAGCGACGACGCGGUGGUGUCAAAAAAUCAGAUCAACCAGCUUAUCAGUGAGAGUUUCCUCACCGUGAAAGGUGCAGCCCUGUUCCUUCCCAGGGGAAAUAGCCCCACGCCUAACUCUUCACCUCGUAUCAGCCAGCGCAGGAACAAGCACACAGGUGACCUCCAGAAACAUCUUCAGACCAUGUUCACUGUGUUACGGCCGGAGGACACGAUCCGACUGGCUGUGCGUCUGGAGAGCGCCUAUCCUCAGGUAACCCGCUACAUGGUAGUGGUCUCCACCAACGGCAGACAGGACACUGAGGAGAGCAUCGUGCUCGGCAUGGACUUUGUGUCGUCUGACAGCUGCUGUACAGUGGGUCUGGUUCUACCUCUGUGGAGUGACGCUUUGAUCCACUUGGAUGGAGACGGUGGUUUUAGUGUGUCGACGGUGAACAGGGUUCAUGUUUUCAAGCCAGUUUCUGUCCAGGCCAUGUGGUCAGCCCUCCAGUCGCUCCACAAAGCGUGCGAGGUGGCUCGCUGCCAUAACUACUACCCAGGCAGCCUGUUCCUGACCUGGGUCAGCUACUACCAGACCAGGAUCUCAUCCAACCAGUUCUGUGUCAACGAGUGGAACGCCAUGCAGGACGUCGAGUCGCACCGUGCCAAUUCACCCAUCCUCUUCACAGACCUUCCCACAGAGAGGGAGCGCACAGAAAGGCUGAUCAAGAUGCGCCUCAGAGAGAUCAUGAUGCAGAAAGACCUGGAGAACGUCACCUGUAAGGAGAUCCGAACAGAGCUGGAGAUGCAGAUGGUGUGUAACCUGAGGGAGUUUAAGGAGUUCAUAGACAACGAGAUGAUAGUCAUCCUGGGACAGAUGGACAGCCCCACUGAAAUCUUUGAACACGUCUAUUUGGGCUCUGAGUGGAAUGCCUCUAACCUCGAGGAGCUGCAGAACAGCGGCGUGCACUACAUCCUGAAUGUGACCAGGGAGAUAGACAACUUCUUCCCUGGGAUGUUUGAGUACCACAACAUCAGAGUGUACGAUGAAGAGGCCACCAACCUGCUGGAGUACUGGAACGAAACCUACAAGUUCAUCACCAAAGCCAAGAAAGCUGGCGCCAAGUGUCUGGUUCACUGUAAAAUGGGUGUAAGUCGCUCCGCCUCCACAGUGAUCGCCUACGCUAUGAAGGAGUACGGCUGGGACCUGGACACUGCCUUUGACUAUGUUAAAGAGAGGCGGGCCGUCACCAAACCGAACCCCUCCUUCAUGAAACAGCUGGAGGAGUAUCAGGGAAUUCUGCUGGCCAGCAAACAAAGGCAUAAUAAGCUAUGGCGAUCGCACUCAGAAAGCGACCUAUCGGAUCGCCCAGAGUCCACGUGCAAACCUUCCUCUCACUCUCUGGGCCGCUCCGACUCUCACAACAACAACACUUCCUCCCCUUCCUUGCAUCACUUCCUGGGCGUGGCCGUGCUGCAAGCGCUCGGUGCUGAACCUGAAGGCUCUGCCAAAUCAAACACCACACAAACCAAUGAGUCAAACACGGACUCCAAUGGUGUGUGUGACUCACCGGGUCAGAAGGAGGUCGGAUCAGAUUGCGGACACCCCCUUGUGGUUCGCCUCCCCAGACCCCGAGCUGCCACCGUAGUCCCAGAGGAAAGACUGGACAAUUCAGAGAGUGUGGCUGUCACUGUGCCUGUUGCUCUACCCCACCCUCCACCGUCACUCCACAUCCUACCUCCUACUCCUGAACUCCAGCGGGCUCACCAGGGUCCUCCCACACAUCUGUCCAUGUCAGUACCCACACGCAGACCAGUGGAACUGUCCCUCAAUUUGCUGAAGCGAAGCAGCUCAGAAGAAGUCUCUCCUCUCACUCUGGGAUCCACUGACUCGGACAUAAUAGAACAAUCAUUAUCAGAUUUAAUGAGUGACAAACAAAGCCCUCUCAGCCCUGCAGACAUCACCCCCCUCCCCCUGGUUCUCCACCUUGCUCCCAGUGAUGACAACAACAACCCCAGCGAGUUACAGAUAGGCGGUGCAUUGGACAGCCGCGGCGAUGCCGAUGGGUCGUCCAACCACAGCGCAGACAGCAUCGACUUCUUCAGCGCCAGGGAAAAGUUUCUGGGACUGGCCCAAGACAGCAGACCCCGGACACUAUCUGAGCAGGCACAACCGAGGACACCUCUGUCACUCGAGGAAAACGGAGAAACUGAGGCUAAGGAGGAAGAGGAGCAGGGAAAUAAGGCGAGUCAGGCGCCUCCACAGUCUGAAGGCAGUCUUCACGCUCACCAUGACAACGGAGUAUCAGUGCGUCAUAUUGUCACAGAGAUUGAAGCCAUAUGCCACCCUGUCUCCUGUCCUCAAGCCUCCUCGUCCUCCUCCUCCUCUUCCUCCUCUUCUUCAUCGCUCCCUCCAUCCUCCCACAGCCCUCAGCUCAUCCGCCCAGAACUUCAGACGGAGGCGGAGACUGCUGGAGACGGCUCCCUCACACCACCUUCACAUCCGCAGUCUCCCUCCACGCUGCCGUGCGAUUGGCCGGCAGGCUCGGUGCGGCGGGCCACCAAGCAGCUGGAGCAGAAGCUGAGGCAGGAAAUCGAGAUGGCUACGUGUCAGCGGUCCCCGCUGCAUUCCCCCAGCGCUGAACACCCACCGGUCAGACUGUCCCUGUGUUCCCCGAGCACUGAACAUCCUUCCAUUCGCUUCCCGCAGCACUUCACAGAACAAAGGAUCACUCAGGGAGAGAUCACGGCUGUAUCUGCUAAGUCCAAAGACAGAGAGAAGCAUACAGGGUCACAAGACUCCUCAGGCACAGACAACCUACCAAACCCUUCAUGCUCCCCUGACUCAAAUAUCAGCCAAGUCUCUGGUGCUAUACCUACCAUUGCUAGUCAUAUGCUGACAUCACAACCGGCCUCUACUUGUCGGUUAGAAGAAUCAUCUCUAGAUACCUCAGCACAGUCCCAAAGCCAAAACCAGCAGUGUCAGACCCAGCCCAAAGCUUGUUCAAACCUGGAUGGGGUGACAGUGCAGGAAUCAGACACAGAUGAGAGGCUGGAGUCCAGUUCCCAAGGGGGUUGUAGUCCCGGCUGUGACGCCCACAGCAGGCUGGCUCGCGGCAGCCAGGAACUGGAGAGGAUUCAGCAGACGCUGAGAGAACUGCAGGCUUUUCUCCACGAGGGCAUCGGCCUGGAGACGACAGACAGCCAAGACCAGGAACUAGAGCAGCCUCAGGGGCCUAGAGACAUUAUGGACACAGAGCCAGGACCUUAUAAAGGGCCAUGCUCUGAACAGACCCUUCCAGGCCUGGAAGUAGGGCAGCAGCAUCGAAAGAGACAAGAGGGAAAGAGUUUCCUGGAGCAGAAAGGCUGGCACAGAGCCAUGGAGCUCGAGGCUCGUAUCCGACAGGCAGGCCUCACCCCACCUUCUUUCAUGAAGAGGUCGGCCUCCUUGGCUAAACUGGACUGUCUGGAGCUGUCAGCAAACGACCUCAGCGACUUGGACCUGAGGCCCCACAACAGGAUCUCAUCAUCGUCACACUCCCAGGACUCUUUCUCCAUGUCCCCACCCCAAGCCGAUGACACCUGGAAGAAGCAGAAAGUGUUGGCUCGCAGCACUUUUGUUGAAAAGACACGUCUGUCCCACGGGUGCAGGGGACCGGACCAGUCGUUGUCGUCACCGUCCCUCUGCCUCUCCUCUGCACCUCAUCGCUGUCCAAAAGACGACACAGGUGAGAGGGAGGAGCCAGACGGCAGCGGCUCGGCCACUACAACGCGUCAGCAGGGGAGGGGACACCCAUCGAGACGUCGCAAAGCGUCCGCUGAGAAAAAGCAGCGAGCCGUCACUGUGCUAUACAACACCAUGUAACCUCAGUGCAAUGGACUGGAACGGACACGACUGGAGCUGUGCACAUGUGUGAGAAAGGCUGCAUGAUGUGUAUGAACGCGUAGCAAGUAAACUGUAGACCUUGUGUAACCUCCGAUGUAUGUGCAGUGUGUAAGAACUGAAUGAGGAGCAUUACGUUUGCAUGUAAGCCACUGGAUGUGUUGUUUCAACUGGAGUUCAGGUUUGUAUGUACAGAAUAAAAUAUGAAUGUCCAAAGUAAGACUGAACCGGUGCGUACAGUAUGCACUCCAUUAUGUCUGUCUCCUUUUGUUUUUUUUUUUUUUAAAGCAUUUGUUUUCAGUGUUUGACCCUCGUUGCCUGUUGAGAGUUUCUAAAAAUUACCAGAGGGGCUCUUUCUCAAAACAUGCACUUUACGGUUAAGAUGAUUUUAUUUUAUUUGAAAUCGGUUUCUUACUCCGGGGAGGAUUCUUUUGCACUGAUCUCAGCAGACAUGUCUCUGUAUGUGUGUUUUUUUUUGUUGUUUUGAAAGUGGACAGACAUGUCUCUAUUCAGAUUUUUAGUCAAACCAGGACAAACAUAAUGUUUUGUUUUUUUUUUAUUCAGUGUUUUACCAGUAAAUAAAUAUGGUGGGUUUGUUUUGA